CUUGCAUUUCACUUGCUUUUACUAAUUAAUAUUUUAUGCAUGUGUCCAAACAAAUCAGAAAAAAGCUGCAGAAGAGGCCAAACGAAAAAACCUUUUGGCCUUACUAAAAGAGCGACAAAACAAAAGAAAACUGUCUCCACUCUGCCCAACUCCAAACAAAAAAACAAAAGCUGAUAACCUGUCCAACAAGGUUGAUGAUGGUGAGGAUAAGGUGGACGAUGAUGAUGAUGAUGAUGAUGAUGAUGGCGAUGACGACGACGAUGAUGAUGAUGAUGGUGGGGUUGUACCUGAAAAACUGUUUCAGGAGGCAAGACAAAAGCAACUAUUAUACAAAAAACAGGUCAACAAAAUGUCUCUGCAACUGCAGGAAACUAAACAGAAGCUAGAGGAGCACAUGAAACGAAGUGCAGAAGUUGAGGCGGAGAAUAAACAGCUACGUUCAUUAAACAUGCAACUGCAGCAACAGUUGCUAAAAUCACUCAACUCUUCAUCUGAUUCUAGACCACCAAAACCAAAGGGGACCAUAAAUGUACAAAACCCUCAGCAACAAAAACCAAAGAGCACCUUACAAAUUGCAGAGGCUGACUGUGAGCAGCAAUCACUAUCCAGACAAGAAGAUGAGAUUCAAUUGGUGAAACUUGGAGACAUCCAAAUCCGCAGUGACACCUGGACAGCAAUCCAAAAAAACACCAGGGAUUCUUUAUUUGUGAAAGAAUUGGCUGUGGCAUUCUGGGGCACAAAGACUCUGGGGGACAGAAGUCUCACAGGGAAAGAAUGCCCCACCACAAAAACUACAAAAAGACCUUUAACCCCACAGAAAUUACACACACUGAAAGCCUGCUUCAAGGAGUGGCUGGUGAAAGGGAAUGUGGAGGAGCCAGAGCUGCAGGCCAGAUUUUCAAAGGCUGGACGCUACAUUACUGAAAAAAUCAUGGACAUUAAAAAACAACAAAAAAAAAUGAACAGUUAAUUGAUUUAUGAUGUAAAUGUGUUACACUUAUAAUAACCCCACUAUGAAUCAUUUAUUAGGUUUUAUUAAGCAUUAGCAAAUAAUGAAUUCAUAAUUUGUUAAGCAUUAACUCUAUGUUAAUGGAUGUUAGUAAGCAGUUUAUAAAUACAGCAUGUAUAAUGUGCAUAAUGAUUGUUUUUAUACUUUGGUAAUGAUUUAUUUUACAUUACUAAAUGACGUAUUGCAUUAUCUACAAACCAGUUACUUAAGAGUAGUUGGUGUUAUUUUAAG